AUUUGGCGACUCCCGAACGGUCACACUUACUUAGCGCUGUGUUUGUGUGUUUCAUAACAGGUUUUGUGACGCGGCGCAGUUGUCUCUUUGGCUAAAACAUCCCUGGACCUGUUGCGCCUUGCAAAUCGAAAACUGCCCCCCAGUGCAAACCUGCGUUUGGCCUUUUUAUGCCCUUUAGUUGUACGUUUCCACUGCCAGCGAACUAAUUGCGUCGAAGUGGGAUCCGCGAAUCGUCACCGAAAUGGGAAACACGAGUUCCAAGGGCGAGUCGGACGCGAGUGAGCCGCCCCUGGAUGGGGGGAAACUCCACAAGCAGCACAAGUCUUCGCACAGCGAUGCCUCCCACAACCACAACGGAGGCUCUGACGUAGGCGGCAGCCACAAUAGCCUGAAGGUGCAGCAGGCGCAGGGCUCGAUGACCAGAUCCGCUUCCGGGGCCGAUGUCACCGAGAAGUAUCUCACCCAGCUUGUACCAGUGGAGAAGCUAGCCGAGAUCCUCAGGGAAAAGACGUCGGCCAAACUAGGCAUUAAUGGCAUAGUGGCAGAGGUCUUUGUGUCACAAGUCUUUCCGCAGUAUGCGGACCUGGGCCAGCGGCUGUUCAACCUGAUGCACUCCAACUCUAAGGCCACCACAAAGCACCUGGGCGCCGUCGCCUUUCGGCAGCAGUGCGAGCGCUUUUUGGGCAUAAUGGACGACGCCAAGACGCUGGAGUGCUACAUCAAGAUGUACGCCCAAGAGGACAACCCUGACUUUAUCGACAAGACGGGCGUGACGCGGCUGCUCCACAUCUGCUACACCAUUGCCAUGCAGCACUCGGGCAACGCCGUUCUGUGCUCGGCCAUCAACCGCACAUUCGGCUCAGUGACCAAGUCCAUUUUCCUGUGCCACGAUAGUCUGAGUCUGGGCUACGUGUGCCGCUGGUUCGAGCAGAACCUGAUCAGGCUGGUGCUUCUCGUGCACAAGUACUGCGUACACACGCUGUCAACCGCUUAUCGUGGCCUAGAGCUGCAGAACCAGUCCUGCGGCAUCGAGCUACAGACUCCGGUGCUGGAUCAGCGCAAUCCUUUUACAGACGCCACGGACCACAGUGGAGGCGGAAGCGGACGGGACUUGGACUCGCUUAUGCCGCUCUCGCAGGCCUGGCUGCUGGCCGGCGGUUUGCCGCCGCUCUACUCUAAGCCCCAGACCGCGGCUCCGCCAGCCAACAAGGGCAACAACAACCUCAGCGCCUCGUCCGCCGUACAGAUAUUCAAGGAGAAGCUGUCGAUGAUGCCGUCGCACUGGACGCUGCUGUACGAUUCCAACGAACACGGAGUGGGCGCUAAUCGGUUUCUGCACCACGUCCUUGGGUACCGGGGACCCACCCUCGUCCUGCUGCACACCAAGGACGAGCAGACGUAUUGCGUUGCGUCGCCCAGUGAGUGGAAGGAGACCCAUCUUUUUGUGGGCGGCGAGGGCAGUUGUGUUAUCCAGCUGCUGCCUAAGUUUGUGAUACUGGAGAAAAAGGCCAACAUUCUGUAUCUUAAUACCAGCAUACGCGGCUACCCGAAGGGAUUACGUGCCGGCGCAGAUCCGCGGAAGCCCAUUAUAGCCGUCGAUGAGCAUUUCGAGAAUGUGGACUGCAAGGGUUUGGCGGCAGGAUUAAUGUCCAUAGAGGUGUGGGGCUGCGGCGACAAAACAUCACGCGAAGUGCAAUUGGACAUCAAGAAGUGGCAAAUCAAGGAGGCCGAGCGACAGCGGACCGUCAAGCUUACAGCCGCCGACUGGAUGGACCAUCCGGAUCGAUAUCUUCUCGAGCUGGGCGGCAGGCAGAACUACAACAAUUGAUCGGAGCAGCUGCGUGUAUGCUAAAAGCAAUCGGGAUGCCUUCCGUUUUGAAGGCAUGCCACGUCGAAAUUUACUGGGAUUCGUUACAAUUAUGCGCACGCAGCACGAGAAGUAAUCACUGGACUGAAUUUGUUUUUAAUUGAUAUUGAUUGAUAUUCGGUUUACUUGUUUUCUUUAUAUUAUCAGCGUUUAGUAUUCGAUUUGAUUUAUGUUCGUAACGUGAAUUCCGUGAAUGCCUUUAUAUGUACUUCGGUCAUCUCCGUUUCUGUGUCAGACAUUGUCUCCGUUUUCGUCACUUUUAAUUAAAAAUUUUUUGUUUUGUUUUGUAUCUUCGUUCAAAUGUAAAAAAAAAAAACAAGUAUUAUGAAAAGACAAAGGAAUCGAAGUGCUUUAACAAAUAUUUCAAUAAAUGUUACAAAUAAAA